GAAGGUGGCCAUUUCAAUCAUGCCUCCCAAACGUAGCAAAGCAGCAGCCGGCAAAGCAGCAACGGCGGCGGCGACAGCACCAAAGAAACGCGCCUCUAAAUUGGCAAAAGAGAACGACAUCACCGCCGACCAAGAAAACGAGAUCCUCGAAGCCUUUGCGUUAUUCGCCGUGACGGACAACCCAGACUACUCGGAUGAGAAGGAAGGAGUCUUGCGGACAGAAGAUGUGCGACGCUGCCUCAUCGCCCUCAAUACCCCACCCACCUCGUCCGCAGAGCUGUCAGAGAUCCUCGAAGCCGUAGACCCAGAAGAGAGUGGCUUUGUCACGUACGCAUACUUUAUCGCUGUGGCUGCACUCAAGCUUCAUGCCAAACACAAUGAUCCCGAGCAACAGAACGAAGAAGUCGAUGCUGCCUUCACACUUUUCACACGCGGAGAGGGCGACUUCAUCACCCUGGCUCAUCUGAGACGUGUAGCACGCGAGCUGAGAGAAGACGUUCCGGACAAGAUGCUAAGAGAUAUGAUCAAGGAAGCCACCAGUGGAGGUGGUCCUGUUGUAGGCAGAGAGGACUUCGAAGGCGUCAUGAGAAGAGCUGGUGUUCUCGGUUAAACUACUCAUCAUCUACACACAACGACUAGGGAUGGUUCGGUUUGCUUUUCUAUGCGCUUUUUGUCGCCAAAUACCCCAUG